CAUCAUAAUACCUUUGAAAUCAUCCUCUGCCUUCUUUCUCCCUCUCUCUCUCAAAGGACAAUCAUUUCACAAAGGCCUUCCAAAGAAGAGGACUUUUCUUUUCAGAUAACAAAGCCAAAAAGUUUGGAGUAGGAAGGGCAAAAAAGUGUCUUUUUCAUAUUUUGAGAGGGAGCAACUAAGAAAAAGGGACACACACCCCCCCCCCCCUCCCCCCGGCCCUUCUCUUUUGUGGAAUCAUCAAUCAUGGGUUGCUCAGCCUCAAGAACCAUCACCAUUGUGGCCAACAAAAAUCCAGAGGAACCCUCUCCUUCUGCUUCCUCUUCUUCUUCUUUCUCUUCUUCUUCUGCUUCACACUGCUCCAAUUCUUCACCACAAGUCCGCAGAGCCCUUUCCCUCCCAAUGCCUCUUGUUCAUCACCCUCCCAUAAAAAAGGGUGACACACACCACCUUGUCUCCCUCACCUCAACCACCUACGGUUCCCUUCUCCUCAUUGACCAAAAAGACCCCAACUUUAGCCACAAGGACCAACCCCAUCUCAGCAAAACCUCAAACCAAACAGACCCAGAACAAUCACUCUCCCCUGACUCUGUUAUCAACACAUGGGAACUCAUGGAUGGCUUAGAUGAAGAAGAAGAAGAAGAAGAUUCACGCCAUGACACUGCCAAGCCUCUUCACACUUCCAUUAUAGACAAACCAACUUCAUGCAGGUACACAGCCUUUGAUGGGUCUGCAAGGAAGAAACUGCUUGAUUCCUUUGAAUCACUGAAAGCCUCACAAGCAACCAUGGAAAAUUCGUCCUCUUUCUCUUGUUCUUCUUCGCCUCUAUUGACAAAGAAGCCACUAUGGCAGCAUUUGUCUGAAGAAGCUUUGCUUGCUAAGUUAGACCCAAGUGUGGCUUGGAGUUACAGAAGAGCAUUAUCAUCAAGGCAUCUAGGUAGAAACACCCUAUUCAGAGAUGUAAGAUCAAUGGGUUCUAGCCCUUUAAGAUCUUCUUCUCUCUCAUUUGCUAACAACAAUUUGUGCCAUUUACCCGGCUCAGAAGACAGAAUAGUACUGUAUUGUACUAGUUUGAGAGGGAUCCGCAAGACCUAUGAGGAUUGUUGUUCAGUUAAGAUGAUACUGAGGGGCUUCAGAGUUGCGGUUGAUGAGAGAGACAUCUCAAUGGACUCAUCUUAUAGGAAGGAGUUGCAGGAUGCACUUGGUGGCAAAGUAGUGACCUUGCCACAAGUGUUUAUCAAAGGGAAACAUGUGGGAAAUGCAGAGGAAAUGAAGCAGCUGAAUGAAUCCGGAGAAUUGGCAAAGCUUUUGGAAGGUUUUCCUACACAAGAUCCUGGGUUUGUGUGUGAAAAUUGUGGAGAUGCAAGGUUUGUGCCAUGUCCUAAUUGCAAUGGUAGCAGAAAGGUGUUUGAGGAGGAAGGAGGAGGGUUGAGAAGGUGCCCUGAUUGUAAUGAAAAUGGCUUGAUAAGAUGCCCAGGUUGCUGCUCAUGAUCGAUGGGAAAUUACUCAUUGGUCUCACUUGUCUCUUGUUUUUUGUUUCUUGGGGUUUAAUUUGUCAUGAAAAUUUUUGACAAUUACUAUGAAUGCAUCUUUCAGUUUCGUCCUUUGUUUUUAGUUAGUACCUUUGGUUGUUACUUUGUUUAUGUCAGAGUUUUGCUCUAUUGGUGUUUAUUUACCCCUCUGAACAGCAAAAAAUAAAACUGACAAGGUCAUA